GCUGUGCGCCGUGUUCUGAGUGAAGGCGGCGGCAGGGUUCGGGCUCGGCGGGGACAGCGGGUUCGGGUCUGGGGUGGACGGGGCCACCGGCCGGAGCAAGGCGGCCAGAACCCGUGAAGUCUGGGCCAGUCCUCAGGACCUGGCAGUGACCGGCAGGGCCGAAGCCAGGGCGCGGGGCCGGGAGGACGGAGGCUGGGGCUGAGCGAGUGCUCGGGUCCGGGCACGCCAGAUAAUGGAUUUGGAUAUCCUCCUAUGAAGCAAUACCACAUGGUCCAGAAGCAACCAUGUCUGGGCUACUGCCACCUUAGGAAUCCAGGGCCUGGAGAUAGCGAACUCUUCUGUGGGAAGCCAGGUGGGGUGUGACCCAGGAACAAGAAGCAUAUCCUCACCAAUGACAUCAUGACAGCAAGAGAGCACAGCCCUCGCCAUGGUGCCAGGGCCCGUGCAAUGCAGCGGGCUUCCACCAUCGACGUGGCAGCGGACAUGGUGGGCCUCUCUCUGGCAGGAAAUAUUCAAGACCCAGAUGAGCCCAUUUUAGAAUUCAGCUUAGCUUGCAGUGAGCUCCACACUCCAUCGCUAGAUCGAAAACCAAAUAGUUUUGUGGCUGUGAGUGUCACCACCCCUCCACAGGCAUUCUGGACGAAGCACGCACAGACGGAGAUCAUUGAGGGAACCAACAAUCCCAUCUUUCUGAGCAGCAUAGCCUUCUUUCAAGACUCCCUUAUCAAUCAGAUGACACAAAUCAAGCUGUCUGUGUAUGAUGUCAAAGACAGAUCUCAGGGAACAAUGUAUUUACUGGGCUCUGGAACAUUCAUCGUCAAAGAUCUGCUCCAGGACAGGCAUCACAGAUUGCAUCUGAUACUGAGGUCUGCAGAGAGUGACCGAGUAGGUAACAUAACUGUGAUUGGCUGGCAAAUGGAGGAGAAGUCAGACCAGCGGCCCCCUGUGACCCGGUCUUUGGACACAGUCAAUGGGAGGAUGGUUCUGCCAGUUGAUGAGAGCUUGACAGAGGCAUUGGGAAUCCGGUCCAAAUAUGCUUCUUUACGAAAAGACACCUUGCUGAAAUCAGUGUUUGGUGGUGCCAUCUGUCGCAUGUACCGGUUCCCAACCACUGAUGGCAACCACCUACGGAUCCUGGAGCAGAUGGCAGAGAGUGUCCUCUCCCUGCACGUGCCUCGGCAGUUUGUGAAGCUACUGCUGGAAGAAGAUGCAGCCAGAGUGUGUGAGCUGGAAGAGUUGGGGGAGCUGUCCCCUUGCUGGGAGAGCCUCCGGCGGCAAAUUGUCACCCAGUAUCAGACUAUCAUCCUCACCUACCAGGAAAAUCUGACUGACCUCCAUCAGUACAAAGGUCCUUCAUUUAAAGCAAGCAGUUUGAAAGCAGAUAAAAAGUUAGAAUUUGUUCCUACAAACCUGCACAUACAAAGAAUGAGAGUUCAAGAUGAUGGAGGCUCAGAUCAGAACUAUGACGUUGUCACUAUCGGAGCCCCAGCAGCACACUGCCAAGGUUUUAAGUCAGGAGGUCUUCGAAAAAAGCUGCACAAGUUUGAAGAGACCAAGAAACAUACAUCAUCUAGCUGCCAGUCCAUAAUCUACAUACCACAGGACAUCAUCCGAGCCAAGGAGAUUAUUGCCCAGAUCAACACCCUGAAAACCCAAGUUAGCUACUACGCAGAACGGCUCUCCAGGGCAGCCAAGGACAGGUCUGCCACUGGCCUUGAGAGGACACUCGCCAUCUUGGCAGACAAGACCCGGCAGUUAGUCACUGUCUGUGACUGUAAGCUGCUGGCCAACUCCAUCCAUGGCCUGAAUGCAGCACGGCCUGACUACAUCGCUUCCAAGGCCUCCCCUACCUCGACUGAGGAGGAACAGGUGAUGCUUCGGAAUGACCAGGACACCCUGAUGGCCAGAUGGGCAGGGAGGAGCAGCCGAUCUUCCCUGCAGGUGGACUGGCAUGAGGAGGAGUGGGAGAAAGUGUGGCUGAACGUGGACAAGAGCCUGGAGUGCAUCAUCCAGCGGGUGGACAAGCUGCUGCAGAAGGAGCGUCUUCAUGAGGAGGCCUGUGAGGACGUUUUCCCCUGUUCAAACACCUGCUCCAGCAAGAAAGGUAACCGGAACAGCCAAGCCUACUGGAUCAAACCGGAGGACCCCUUCUGUGACGCCCCCUCCUCCAUGCCCACUGCCGCAUGCCAUCCUCACCCAAGCACACAUUGCAGCCCCCCUCCUGAAGAGUCCAGUCCAGGUGAAUGGAGUGAAGCCCUUUACCCUCUGCUGACCACCCUCACAGACUGUGUGGCCAUGAUGAGUGACAAGGCCAAGAAGGCCAUGGUCUUCCUGCUCAUGCAGGAUAGUGCCCCCACCAUUGCCUCAUACCUGAGCCUGCAGUACCGCCGUGAUGUCGUCUUCUGCCAAACUCUGACAGCCCUCAUCUGCGGCUUCAUCAUCAAGCUGAGGAACUGCCUGCACGAUGAUGGCUUCCUGCGCCAGCUCUAUACCAUCGGGCUUCUGGCCCAGUUUGAAAGCCUGCUGAGCACCUAUGGAGAAGAGUUAGCCAUGUUGGAGGACAUGAGCCUUGGAAUCAUGGACUUGAGGAAUGUGACCUUUAAAGUCACUCAGGCCACUUCAAAUGCAUCAACUGACAUGCUGCCAGUCAUCACUGGAAACCGUGAUGGCUUUAAUGUACGGAUCCCUCUGCCAGGACCACUGUUUGACUCCCUGCCCCGAGAGAUCCAGAGUGGCAUGCUGCUGCGGGUGCAGCCAGUCCUCUUCAACGUGGGCAUCAAUGAGCAACAGACACUGGCUGAGAGGUUUGGAGACACAUCCUUACAAGAAGUCAUCAACGUAGAGAGUUUGGUGCGGCUAAAUUCCUACUUUGAGCAGUUUAAGGAGGUUUUGCCGGAGGACUGUCUACCUCGAUCUCGGAGUCAGACCUGCCUGCCAGAGCUGCUGCGGUUUCUAGGACAGAACGUCCAUGCACGCAAGAAUAAGAACGUGGACAUCCUCUGGCAAGCUGCUGAGGUCUGUCGCCGCCUUAAUGGAGUCCGAUUCACCAGCUGCAAGAGUGCCAAGGACCGUACAGCCAUGUCAGUGACGCUGGAGCAGUGCCUGAUCCUGCAGCAUGAGCACGGCAUGGCCCCGCAGGUCUUCACACAAGCCCUGGAAUGCAUGCGCAGACUUCCUGACCAUCCUUGGAGAACUGUCUGCGAUCCGGCUUCCUCUCAAAGAGUGAGUUGCAGGAGUUGCAGAGCAGUUAAGUGAAUACUAACUGCUGGACUGAAUCUGUAAUUGGGAUGGGGAAGGUUGCCCUUACCACACCCAGGGAGUGCCCGUUUUUUCUGAAGAUCUGAGCACUGCAGGCUCCCCACGUCAGGCCUGCCUCAGUGUUCCCACACAAACAGGUCUGUUUGUCUCUCCUGGUAUAACAUGGUGACAACUCUGGCAUCUUGCAGUUUAGCACUUUAGCAUGCCAGCUGACAUUGGUGGAAUACUUGAUGGAUGCCCUUUCACUUCAGAGCAUGUGCUUCAAGCCUCUGAGACCAUUUUGUUUGCUUCAUUUGAAUAGAGGAGAGAGUCUGUGAUCUCCUUCCAUCCCCACCCCACAGCUUCCCAGUACUUGCUCUAGGUUGGUGCCCUCUGGUAACAUGGAGGUGACUCAGGAAUGUAUCAUUUGCAGGGUUUUGCUGUGGCCAAGCAGAGACCAUAGACAGGUGAGGGAGGUCUCUGGAAGCAACUGCAGAGAAGCACCUUGUUCCCUACGGCCCAGGAUGCCCAUAGCUCUUUGCAGGGGCUCUUCUCAGGACCAUUGUACAACAAAGGGAAACAGUGACUGGUUUCCCACCCGCACCCCAGGCAGGGAGGAUUCCUGUUGGGACACUAUGGUGGUACCAGCUUCCCUCCUGUCUUAGAUAGCCUUGGCUGUUGGGUCAGGAAGGCCAGCAGUGAAGUUCUUUGUUUCUCUCUUCCAGGGGUGAGUGGAAUGCAGUACACCACCUCCAGGCACAAAAGGCUGACUCAGCAGGGGGGAUUUGAGAUUUGUAUUUGCUUUUUUUCCUCUAACAUAUUGGGGAGGUGGGGAGACCAACCUUCAGUGUGCUUAUCAAGCCAAAUAUUUAUUCAAAAUCUUGUCUACAGCAAGAAAUGAGGAGAAACAGGGUAAGAGAUAAGUCAAGUUGGCCACUGUUAGUGUUGGGUGAUGGCAUCUGGGUUGCUUCUGAGUAAUCCUUAGCUGUGGCACAGAGACUGGUUAGGGCUGCACCCUCUGCAGCAGCAGGUUUUGAAGGAGCCAUACUCAGGAGUUCUUGUUAAGUGCUGUAGAAAAUGGCUGUGCAUGUUCUUUGAGCUAGGCUGACUGCCACUGCUUCUUCCUGUACUCCUUCAGACACAGUCACUCCCCAUGUCUGUUGUGGCAUGGCCUAGACAUGGGGACCUUUAGAUGAACUCUAAAGUGGAAGCCCCCAAAGAAAAAGCAGAGGUUCUAGGAUUGCCCUUUUAGUUUCCAUUCAGAUUUCCAAAGUUGACAUCCUUGAAAUGAAGUAAUUCUUGAGAUGAUAAAGAAGAAUCAGGAGCUGUACAAUCUCUCUUGUUAAAGUCUGCCCCAAACCUUGUCAUGUACUAUUGCCUCCUAAAGACACUGUAGCAGUGUGGUCAGUAAAAGUGUUCUGCUUCAGGUUACCAUGCUAGACUCUGCAACCGGACACCCUUAACCACCCCUGCAGACCUUUUCUCAGGCCUUCAAGCCAGCUCAGACAGCUGCAGAUCAUGCCAAUAGUGGCAACAUGCAGACAGGGCAUAUCAGCCUGAUAUAAACAUGUGGAAGAAAUAGUUUGACUUAAAAACCAAAUUAAAGGCAUAAUUUGAAUUGUAAGUUCAUCUACAAUGUAUGCAGUCAGCUAAACCUAGUAUUAGUGCCUUUCACAGGUAAAUACAGAGACUGUCAGAGUUUUUAAGGUAUCAUUUUGCAUUUACUGGAUAGAUAGGUUUGAGGACCUUCUGUAAUAAUAGAGAAGCCAUAUGUGAAGUAGUCUGUCAGUAAAGGAGCUUCCAAGACCCCAGGAGGUUCACUCUGCACAGGAAGCUACAGCUUCUGCUUUAAAUAGACUUGUAUUUUUAUCUGAUUACUGAAUGUUCAGCAGAUGCUAUCAUUUGCUCUGGGUGGCCCAGAGCUUUAGCUCAGGUGACACAUCCAGCCUAAGGCUUGAGGCUCUGGAACAAGGACAUACACUAGUGGCUGUGUUUGUUAGUCAACAGCAAGCAGGCAGAUGCUUCUCUAAGCCACCAGGGUUUAUCUUGAAUAAACAUUACUGUCUCACCAAAACCUAUUUGACAUGUUCUUAAUAAGGGGACUGUCAUGUUCAUUUUGAAAGGCUUGAGCUGCUAUUUUUUUUAAAUGUAUGUCAUGUGGUCUUCAUAGAAUUUGAAAUACUUUUUUAAAAUCACUGUUUUCUUGGUAACUACAAAUUUUACAUCUCAGAAGGGGGAUUUUUUACUGAACUUGACAACUACUUGAUUUCAUUGCUACUCUUUAAACAUUGUAAAAUAGCAAGUUUUACUGUGUUGUGGAAAGGAAUUUAUAUUAAGAAUCAUUUUUGGCUGUUAAUUUUAUGCCACUCCAGAGCAGUGCCCAGAGAAUUCCCUUGAGGUUCACUCUUCAACCUCUUGCUGGGCACCAUUUGUUUUGCCCCUGGGUUGCUAUGACAACCCUCCAUGGAGUGCAGCCGGGAUUCAAGCUAGUAGUGAGUUCUCUAAGGGAAGAGCACCUGUGGGCUCCCUUUGGGCUCAGUGGUGCUUGUACAAGAAGUGGCCGUAAUGACAGCGCCCACUUGGAGAAGGUGGGUAGUGACCUCCAGGAGAUCAGUGGAGCUUCACAGCAUGGCAGCCUGAUGGCCAUGAAGACCUGUUCUGCAGACAGCAACUGGGCCUCUAUGAACACUUUGCAUGUGAACAGCUGCCCCUAGGUGGAGACAGUUAUCAGAGCAGCCUCCUCUGCCAGAUGUUUUUUGCUACCCGUUGAAUUCUCCAAGGAAAACUCAAUAUUUGGGGUUUGAUGUGAUCUCAGAUUUUGCUAGCAUACAAAAGGUACAAUGUUUUAGAAGCCAUGGUAACAGUAAAAUAUCACCAUUCAUUCAGUUUGCUGUAAAAAAAAAAAAAAUCUCUGAAC